AUGAUUGUUACCUUUAGCAAUCAAACAAAUAGACUCGUUAGAAUUAGCCAAGAGGAGAUUGCUGAUAUCCCUAGUUCUGAGGUAGACAAUCCUGACCAAUCUGAGACAAUAGGUGAAGAGUUAAACCAGGACCGUAGUAUGAAGGAGUACAUGUACCCAACUAGGACAAGCCAACACUCUUGCAUCAUUCUACCAGCUGAUGCUGGCCAGUUUGAACUAAAAACAAGCACAAUUCAUAUGUUUCCUAUGUUUAAAUGGGUUGAUGCUGAAAACCCUUUCCACCAUAAGUUAAAUGGAAAGAGAUUUGCAAGUCUAGAACUCAAAUUAGGUCAGAUAUGUGAUGCACUAAAUGAGAGAAAAAAGGGUAAACUCCCUAGUCAACCUCAACAAAUUCAGAAAAGUGCAUUUCAGUCUAAUGAGUUUAAAUCAUACUCGCAAUUGCACAAAACACCACAGAAAACACCUAGUGUAGAAAAUGAAUCUGAACAAGAAAGUGACUCUAAGAAUUCUACUAAUGUUAAUGAUUCCUUAACAUAUUCUGUGCAUGUUGCUUCAUUUCCACAAAGGCUGGUACAACAAAAAGGGGGUAACCAGUACAACGAGAUAUUGGAAAUGUUUAAACUUGUCAACAUAAACAUUCCAUUUCUCGAAGCAAUCAGUCAGACACCCACCUAUGCUAAGUUUUUGAAAGAUCUGUGCACACAAAAGAGAAAGCUCCAUGUGCACAAACGUGGUUUUCUCACUGAGCAGUUAGGUCUUGGGGAGAUGAAACCCACUCUUGUUACGCUACAAUUAGAGGACAGAUCUAUCAAAAUCCCUCGUGGUAUUGUUGAAGAUAUGUUAAUCAAGGUUGAUAAAUUUUUCUUUCCUGUGGACUUCAUUGUAUUGGAUACUCAGCAUGUGCAAAACCCAUAUAAUCACGUUCCUGUCAUUUUAGGACAUUCUUUCUUGGCAACGUCCAAUGCUAUCAUGAACUGUCGACAUGGAGUGUUGAAAUUAUCUUUUGGUAACAUGACUGUCGAACUGAAUGUUUUUAACAUUAGUCAACAACCCAUAGAUUGUGAUGAUGGUGAAUUGCAUGAGAUUAACAUGAUUGAGAGUCUGAUUCAAGACUCAUUGCCUGACAUCUUAUCGGUGGACCCUUUGCAAGCAUUUUUAGACAAUUUUGACUUGGAUCUUUUUGAUUUUGAGUACAUUAGUGAAGUCCACUCUUUGCUUGAAUCUGUACCACCCAUGGAUAUUGUUAAAUAG